AUUUUUUGUAGAUUUUAUAAGAUAAAUAUUACAAAUAUUAGAAAACAAUAAAUUUCUUAAAAAACUAUAUUAUGUUACACUAAUUUAUUUUUUAACUUAGAUACCUAGUUAUAACACGCAGUUAUUAGUAUGCGCAAUUACAACUAACAGUGUUUUAAAAGGUGAUUAAUACCUUGCUCAUAUUUUCCAACAUUUAGAAUAAAAAUAGGCAACGAUUCCUGCAAUAAAACCUAAACGCCGUACUCUGAUAAAUUGAUAAUGAAAUAUGUGUGUAACUUUCUUAUCUCUGUAUUUAUUAUUAUCAAGAAUAAAAGCUUAUAAUAGGUGUAUACCUAACUACUUUGGGCGACAUGAAUUUUUUUUAUAAUCCUCUAGUGAAAUUGAAAAGUGAUUAAAUUUUUACUACAAAUAAAUAAUAAUGUACCCUUACUACGAAUCAGAUUGGAGUGUUUUACCUCCAGAAGCUAAUCGAAGAUUUAAUCCCGCCUUUAACAUGGCUACAAUUAAGCAAGUCGUUAAUGAGGCUAUCGAAAGAGUUCGAAUGCCGACUCCGAUGCGUUUACGUGAUUUAAUUCGACAAAUUAGGGCUGCAAGAACUGCUGCAGAAGAAAGAAGUGUGGUAAAUAAGGAAUGUGCCUAUAUUCGAUCUACCUUUCGAGAGGAGGAUUCAGUAUGGAGGUGUCGAAAUAUCGCAAAAUUGUUGUACAUUCACAUGCUAGGAUAUCCCGCACAUUUUGGCCAAUUGGAAUGUUUAAAAUUAAUAGCAAGUACCAGAUUUACCGAUAAAAGAAUCGGUUACUUGGGAGCCAUGUUACUUUUGGAUGAACGUCAAGAUGUACAUUUGUUGAUAACAAAUUGUCUUAAAACCGAUCUAAAUUCUAAUACCCAAUUCGUCGUGGGCUUGGCGUUGUGCACUUUAGGCGCAAUUGCGUCACCGGAAAUGGCCAGGGAUUUGGCGGGCGAAAUAGAGAGGUUAAUGAAAUCCCCCAACGCUUAUAUUCGUAAAAAAGCGGCGUUAUGUGCAUUCAGAAUCAUCAAACGGGUACCUGACUUAAUGGAAAUAUUUUUACCAGCUACCAGGAGUUUACUUUCUGAAAAAAAUCAUGGUGUACUUAUUACUGGAGUGACGCUAAUAACUGAGAUGUGUGAAAAUAGUCCAGACACAUUAAAUCACUUCAAGAAAAUUGUGCCAAACCUAGUAAGAAUAUUAAAGAAUCUGAUUCUUGCUGGUUAUUCACCAGAACACGAUGUAUCAGGUGUCAGCGAUCCAUUUUUACAGGUGAAAAUAUUGAAACUUUUACGAGUACUCGGUAUCAAUGAUGUCGACGCCUCCGAAGCUAUGAACGACAUUUUAGCUCAGGUCGCAACUAAUACGGAAACGAGCAAAAACGUUGGUAACACGAUUUUAUAUGAGACAGUUUUGUCAAUUAUGGAUAUUAAAUCGGAAGGUGGUUUACGCGUUCUCGCUGUGAACAUUCUCGGUAGAUUCCUCCUAAACAACGACAAAAACAUAAGAUACGUCGCUUUAAACACCCUAUUAAGAACUGUUCACGUCGACACUUCGGCUGUACAGCGACAUAGAACGACAAUCUUGGAAUGCUUGAAGGACCCAGACGUUUCGAUAAGACGCAGAGCCAUGGAACUAUCGUUCGCUUUGGUAAAUUCUCAAAAUAUCAGAACAAUGAUGAAGGAACUGUUGGCUUUCCUGGAGAAGACCGAUGCGGAAUUCAAGGCGCAAUGCUCUAGUUCGAUAGUUUUAUCGGCCGAAAGGUACUCGCCGAACAAGAGAUGGCACUUGGAUACGUUGCUCAAGGUUUUAGUGGCGGCCGGUAAUUACGUCAGAGAUGACGUAAUAAGUUCCACAAUCCAACUUAUAUCCGAAAGCAUUAGUCAACAAGGGUACGUUACAUUACAACUAUUCAAGGCUCUGUCCGAAGAUCAUCAAAAUCGACAACCCUUAACUCAGGUAGCCGUAUGGUCGAUAGGGGAAUUCGGAGAUCUCCUAUUACAAGCCACGCCAGAUGAAGAGAAUGGAGUAUUUCCACCAACUGAAGAGCAAGUGAUUGAACUGUAUCAAAAGCUCUUGUGGUCCCCUCAGAAUUCAGUAACAACCAAACAAUAUACCCUCAUGAGUCUGACAAAGUUGAGUACAAGAUUUAACAGUACCAACAAUAAAAUCCAACAAAUCAUCAGUUCAUUCUGUUCGAGUCUACACGUGGAAUUACAGCAAAGAGGCGUGGAAUAUUCGCAGUUAUUUGGUAAAUAUUCUCAUUUGAGGCCGCCGUUGUUAGAAAGGAUGCCGCCAAUGGAACUAACUAGAUCACAAUCGGAUCACCAUACCAACGGCGAUAUCAGCGAUUCCGAACCAAGAUCUGUCGAGGAUAGUCCACAACAUACUGUAAAUAGUGAAUCUAAUGCCUUAUUGGACUUAUUAGGAGGGGCGGAUAGUAUUGCCGAUUUGGACAUAAUUAAAACUAGUUCCCAGCCGAUCCAGCCUAUAUCCAAUUCGAAUAACCAAGAUCUGUUGGAUCUUUUGGGCCUCGGUCCUAUUUCUUCGACGCCUAUGACGGAUAUGGGCGGUAACAUGGGACUCAUCAUGGAGAACAACAAUAGCGAUGUUUUAAUUAGUAGUAGUAAUCAGAAUUCGAAUUUCCUGUCCGGAGAUUUAUUCAGUAAUAUCAGUAAUGAAAGGAAUGUGCCUACACUAACUGCCUACAAUAGGGACGGAUUAAAAAUUGUAUUUUCUUUAAUCAGAAUACCGGAAAAUAACACUUUGUCCAUAAAUGUGACCACAACAAAUUGUACCUUAUCAACUAUGACUGAUUAUAUAUUCCAAGUAGCUGUUCCUAGGACAUUCCAGUUGCAAAUGCUGUCACCUUCAGGAACUGUUUUAGCGCCUAAUGCUAAUGUCACGCAAGAUUUGAGGGUGACUAAUCCUAAUAAGAAUCCAUUGAAAAUGAAAGUGCGGCUUUCUUAUCUAAUCGACGGCAAUCCCGUCCAGGAUCAAGUAGAGGUAAACAAUUUCCCAGCCGAUAUUUGGGAUUGACGGAGAGUAUGCGGAUGAAGGAGCAAUCUUAGGGUUAUUCCCGCCUUGUUGAAUAUUUAUGUUGGUAUGAAAAUUCUAGGUCUAUUUUUACUAUAGACUUUGGUAUACAUGGUGAAUCGAAAUAUUACAGCCAUCUAUUUUGUCGCGUGUAGAUUGAUUUGUGUAAAUACGAGUUUAAGAAAAAUUAAAUUUUUUUAAUAGAUCUUCAAAUUAUUAAAAAAAAAUUAAAAAAGAAACUAUAUUAGCUUUGUUCGCGGUAACAAUCCUGAACUGAUUCAGAAUUACUAAUUCAUACUUUGAGUGCAUGCCCGAUUCAUUAUCAUUUCUGAAUUUUUACCGCGCGCGCAAUCCCUAUUAUAUCUCAAUGUUUCAGGUAUAGAGAGGCGGUUUAAAACCAAUAAUAAUUUUACCGCGAACACAGGAUAGAACCAAUAGUUCAGUUUUUUUGUUCUGCGAACGCUUUUUAACUACUGCGCCUGCGAAAUCGUUACUGUUAGUAAUAAUUCGGUUCAGGAUUCUUACCACGAACAAAGCUAUAGUUUUAAGGUAUUUAUUUUGAAAAUUUUUGGCGCCCAACGUGGGGCC